AUGGCGGAGGACAAAGUGGAAUCUCUCGCGGCUGCCGUGAAUUUGUUGACCCUUCUCGCCUCUGAUUCCGGCAAGGAGGAGUUCUUUCUCCCUUUAACGCUUUCCCCGUCGGCAAACGAGUCGCCGACGGAAACGAGACAGAAGUGCCUGUUUUUCGAGUGCACGUCGACGGCGUUGCAAGCGCUCUCGAAGAUGUUUUUACCGUCCACGCCUGAGCUGUUGAAAGUCUCCGCGCUGAAAUCUAUCGCGAAGAAAGCGAGGCGAGUGUCACUGACGGAAAGUCAGUCCUCGUUUAGCGCGUUGUUCGGGUACGGCAUCUCGAAGACGAACGAAACGAGAUUACGAACCCUUUUUACGGAAAGCGAGAAGGAAACAAGAUAUGCAGUUGUGAUUAGCGUUCGAUUGAGAUGCGGAGAAAGCGUGGCGGUGUGUGGACUGUUUGAAGACGGCGAGAGCGGGUUCGGGAAGGCGUCUUCGGGGACCUCUUCGUUCGUGGCGUACCCGUUGGCGCCGUCGACGACGUUUCUGGAGCUCCAAUCGACGCCGGAAAAGGAAACGGAUGAGGUGAAGUGGUUGUAUUGCGACGAUAAAGGGAACGCGAGAACAGAAGAUAUGCCGUAUUUUAAGUGGAAAGGAAAGUUGCGGCCGCAUAAGAUUUCGCACCAAGAAAAGUUGUUUCGAGGGAUGCGGAAAGUGCCGGAUGCGGUGGUGAAAGCCGAGUGGUGGGAGACGAGCAGACCGUUAGCGGAGGAGAGGGCGAGGCAGCAGAGAGUAGCGGACGAAUUAUCGCAAAAAGAGAUUGAAAAGUUACGAAAAGCGUGCGUUAUUGGAAGAGGGGCGAUUGAUUGUGUGGUGCGAGCGAUUCGCCCAGGAGUUACGCCGGAGGCGUUGGACGCGUUGUGCCACGAUUACAUUUGCGAUAAGAACGCGUACCCAUCGCCGUUAAAUUACUAUUGCUUCCCAAAGUCGUGCUGCAUAAGCGUAAACGAAGUUAUUUGUCACGGUAUUCCCGAUUGUCGGCCGUUGGAGGAAGGAGAUAUCGUGAAUAUCGACGUCACGGCGUUUUUCGGCGGAUACCACGGCGACUUGAACGAAACCGUGUUUGUAGGUAGUAGUGGCGAUAAAAGCAAUAGCGCUACAGAAGAAACAGCGAGCGAAGAAGUAGCAGAUGGAGUAGACAGUAGCAAAAAAGAAGCGUUCAAACUGCUCAAGUGCGCGUACGAGUGUCUCGCGGAAGGCAUGUCCAUAGUCAAACCAGACACGCGAUACAGAGACAUUGGCGAAAAAGUCUCCACAGUCGCCUCCAAAUACGACUGUUCGGUCGUCAAAACCUACUGCGGGCACGGCAUCGGUAAGCAUUUUCACUGCUUCCCGAACGUUCCGCACUACAAAGGCAACAAAGCUGCCGGCGCCAUGAAACCUGGCCACGCGUUCACCAUAGAGCCGAUGAUCAACCUCGGCAAAGAAUGGCGCGACGAGUUAUGGCCGGACGGAUGGACCGCAGUCACUAAAGAUGGAAGCUUGAGCGCACAGUACGAACACACGAUGGUGUGCACGACAGAUGGCGUGGACGUGUUGACAAAACGGAAUAAAAAUAGCCCGAGAGUGUUUCCGUUUACCGAGUUCGAGGAUACCGGCGACGACGACAAAGACGAAGAAGAAGAAGAAGAGGCGGACAAAGAGAACCAGGUCAUCGCGGAGCUCGAAGAACUCGUGAACCAAUUCAACACCACCAAACUUUAG